AUGGACGAGGAGUUGAAGAAAGUGAAACAGCUGAAAGCUAGAGAGCAGGUGACGUCUGAGUUUCCACUGCCGAAAAUUCGCGAUUCCUUCACCAGGCAAUUUGCCGACGACUCUGAACGGAACAGUCUGGAGAGUGGAAACGAGAGGAGCAAAUAUUCGAGCUCAGCGAGAAGAUAUCGAAGUGAACGUCAACAUCGGACACAAAUCGAGCCGUACAUUGUCAUUCACUACUUCGACGAAUCAAAUCGCAAUCGAGCUCUCUACUGCGAUUCUAAUCAGGUCAUUCCACCACUUGGACGUGGAGUUCUCAAGAACAGCAAGGGUACACCCAUGGGUUCUCGGUCACGUGGGUUUCAGUCGAUGAAGGGCAAGAGUCAUAUGGAAGGACUGAAAGAGAACGGUGAUGUGCGUCCGACGGACUCGGCUCCAAAGAAGGAUCCGAAACAGGGCGAGAUCGACAUCAAAGCCAAUCGUAUUGAGGAGGAGAUGCGAGAAAAUCAUCCGCUCUUCGAUCGGCCACUGUUUGCUGUUGGACGCGACUCACGCCUUCGAAUUCUCUGUCAAAACAUUGUUUAUGCGCAGUAUUCACCUGAAAGGAUAGAUCCAGUCACUGGCAAGCAGAUCGUCCUGAAAUACAAGCAGCUACAGUGA